AUGCCGUGGGUACCUCGUAAAAAAAUGCACCACUUCGUUACAGUCCUGUGUGUGGUACUAUUCCCAUUUAAAUCAUCAGGGGAUUUCGACGUUAGUGACGAAUAUACUUACUCAAUGAUUUGGGGUGCUGGUUCGAAUUCACAGUCAAGUGAUUCCACACCACUGCUAAUUAAAACCACAAACAACGAGACUUAUGCGUGUCAUCUCCCAGCCACAACCAGGAGUCAGAGAGUAGAAGAGGUUCAGGAUGCUGCCCUCCACCCGAGUGUUUUGUUGGACGACUUCUUCAAGGCAUAUCCGUGCAUAUUCAAAGUUGAGGGUUUUUGGACCUAUGAGUUGUGUCAUGAUAAGCACAUACGGCAGUUUCGGGCCGAGGGUGCGGGGCCGAAGUUGACACGGAUCGUUAAGGAAUUCUACCUCGGUCGCACUUCUGACUCGAAAAAACCCUUUGAAAAUGAUGAAAAGGCAAAUGAUGAUUCGGAAUCGAAGUCCAUUCAAAUCAAUGGCAGGGAUUUUUCCUACUAUUCCGUCGAUUAUGCCGACGGGACAGAAUGUGAUCUGACUGGUGCCCCCCGCAAGGCCUCGGUGUUGUACGUGUGCCUGGAGGAAUCCGAUGGAGAGUUGUUCCAAAUCAGUGAACUGGAGACCUGUGUCUAUCAGCUUAUUGUUUUUACGCGCCAUCUAUGCGCCUCGCCUCGUUACAACUCCCACAAAGUCUACUUGAAUCCUAUUACCUGUGUUCCGCUUGGGGAAAACACACCAGGAAAGCCGAGGGCUCUUCUUUCCCUAGAAAAGGAGAAGGAGGAGCUUGCAACUUUGGGUGAGAAUGAACACCUCGAGGGAAUUUUCGGCGCCCUAAGGGUGGAAAAGCUUAACAAUAGGGGCAACCUGAUCUACCGGGUCAGGACACUAGAUCCACUCGAGGCUGAUCAGGAGUCGGCGUCCGCGAACGAAGGAGUCAAGCAAGCUGACAUCCAGGGGGUGAUGGAAGGAGUCGAGAUGCUGCCCCAGUCGAAGUCUGGGCUACCGGUAGCUAGCCAGAAAGUGCUAAGCGAGCUGCGCCUUGCUCAACAGCGUGAACUGCAAUCCUUCCUAGGUGGUGAGACAUGCCUCACUGGGGGCGCUGGCUGGUGGCGACACGAGGUCUGCUACGGUGGCCGCAUCACUCAGUACCACGAGGACCCGGAGACCGGAGAAAGAACGGAAAUCGUCCUGGGUAAGUGGGACGAGGCUGCUCACUUGCACUGGGUGAAGCAGAGCUCCCUUCGCAAACCACAAGUCCCAGUGGACAAACGGUUCAAGCUCACGCAAUUCUACGAUAAUGGGGAUUUCUGUGAAGAGAUCAAGGCUCCACGAUCCGUCAGCUGUCAACGGAAGGUCAAUACCGUCGUACAGCUCUCUUUCUCCGAACCGUCCACCUGUCAGUAUUCGAUCAGUCUGGAGAGCCCAUUGUUCUGUGAUCUUUUGAAACGAGUUGACGAUAACGGUCUCCUUCCUCCUGAGAUUGUGGUAUAG